AUCUGCAGACCCUUCGCAUGAGAACAUGAGUUUCGCAGAUCAUACCCACCGGCCCAGCCUACUCGGACAUGCCAUAAACGGGUCUUGCACCGGACAACAUAUGUCCCAUCCACCGGGUCUAAUGCUGGCAAAAGCCAAACCUCCUCAGCUAUAUGUAGAAACGUAGUUGCGGCCUUUUAACUGGAAGUGUUCGAUCCCCGUCCCCGCAUGCGUAGACCUUCGCGAUGCUCUUUGCGCGAUGUGGGCAGCCGAGCAUAUUAAAUGGCACCUCCCCGCGAUAAAAGAAGUCCUUGUCGCUCAGCCAAGUGUUUAGGGUUUUUUUCGGCUGCCUCCUCCUUACUGGUUCUACAUCAACCUCAAUAUGCGUUUCCAUGACUUCCCAACCGCAGUUCUGGCGUUGGCCGGUACCAUCCAAUCCCUGGUGAUCGAGAAGAGGGACUUGCUUUCGGAUCUCCAGAACCGGGCCCUUGAGAAUCUGAAGGCUGCAGAGAAAAAUGGUACACUUGAGAGGAUAGGAGAGUGCUCUAUUUCUACCGCGACAGUUCGCAAAGACUGGGCUUUCAUGAGCGUAAACGAGCGAAAAGCAUAUAUCAGUGCUGUACAGUGCAUGUACAACGCUCCAUCCCAAUCCGAUUCGGCCCUAGUACCUGGCGCCAGGACCCGCUACGAUGACUUUGUUGCACAACACAUCAACCAGACCACAACAAUCCACGGAACUGGUAACUUUUUAAGCUGGCACCGGUACUUUGUGUACGGUUACGAGAAGGCAUUGAGAGACGAGUGCGGAUACAAUGGCUCCCAGCCUUACUGGAACUGGUUUAGCCAUACAGAAGACCUCACUAAGCACCCUGUCUUCGACGGCACUGCGACGAGCAUGGGUGGAGACGGUUUAUAUGUAAAGCACAACGGAAGUGCGGGUGGCAAAGGCACAAUUGCGCUACCUUCCGGCGCAGGAGGUGGUUGCAUCAAGGACGGUCCAUUCAAGAACCUUCAAAUCAAUCUUGGUCCUAUCUCUCCAUCAAUGGCCGGAGAGACUGCAUCAUCAUCGCCACUUGCCUGGAACCCACGCUGCGCAAAAAGGGAUCUUACCUCCUACGCAUCUUCUACUUGGUUAACCUUUGACAACCUCUACAACGUCACCCUUGGGGCAGCCUCCGAGAAUAUCGGUCUUUUUCAAGAUGAACUUCAGGGGCGCUUUCCUGACGGCUUUCUCGGCAUGCAUGCCGCAGGACAUUUCUCCAUUGGCGGUGAUGGCGGUGAUGUCUUCAGCAGCCCCAACGAUCCUGCUUUUUUCCUACAUCACGCUAUGGUCGACCGUGUAUGGUGGCUUUGGCAGGCGCUGCACCUCAACCAGGCCAAGUCCAUUGCUGGCACGAUUACCAUCUUCAACCAGCCACCUAGCCGAGAUGCCAGGCUUGAUGACCCUAUCCAGAUGAACUACCUUAAUAUGCCAAUCAUAACCAAUGAGGAGAUGAUGAGCACACUAGAUGGAGAACCGUUAUGUUACAUCUAUGCGUAGAGGACAUGUAGUGUGUGUUACUCUUAGUAGUGAACAAAACCCCGACAUCAAAUAGUGUGAGAUGUUUCAAAAGCUGUGUUACUUGAUGAUUUCAAAAGAAAGGCACUAUAUCUGUGUUUAAGA